GAUAAAAUCGGUUUCCUCUCUUCCUCGAUUCAGAAGUCGCUACAUCAUGUCAGAUUCGGUGGUUGGACUGUUCACUUAAUAUACGAGGCACGCACUGGGCGUGGGAAAUAGUAACCAUGUUACUGAAACAAAGAGCGGAAUACUCAAAGGAACCAAUGGAGUGUUUCUUUUUGGAAGCUAUGCCAGAUUUCAAUUUUGUGCAUAAUUUGCCUUCCCCUAGGAUCGUCAACACGCACAUUCCUAUUCGAUGGUUUCCAAAUCAGUAUAUCGAAAAUGGCGCGAAAAUUGUCUACGUUCUAAGAAAUCCUAAAGAUAUCGCUGUGUCAAUGUAUCACCACUUCAAAAAUGUUGGGAUGCUUGGCGAUGUCGAAAACUUUCAAAUCUUUUUGGAAAAGAUGUUCAUGAAUCCAAAAGCUCAAGUUAUGGAUGGAUGGUUUAAGUUUGAGAAGGACUUUGAAAAAGCAAAAAAGAACGACAAACGUGGAGCUAUUAUCACUGUUCAUUAUGAGAGCUUAAAAAAGAAUCCAGUUCAAGAAACCAAACGACUGGCUGAGUAUUUGAAUGUUGAACUUAGUAAGGAAGAAAUCACAGAAAUAUCGGAUAAAUGUAGCUUCAAGAAGCUAAAGCUGGCCAGUCAGACUGUCAAAGACAACUCAUUAGUGGCGAAUGUUGAACUUUUUAAAAAGACGGAGCCGUUUGUUCAUAGGAAAGGAGAAAUCGGAGACUGGAAGAACCAUUUUACCGUUGCUAUGAAUGAAAAUUUCGAUGCAAUCUUCAAGGAGGAAAUGAAAAAUUCUAAUAUCCAAGUGCAAUUCGAGUGACAAUUGGUUUUGAAAGUACCAAUUCAAUCUACGUUUAUUUUGGAACGAAUAUCAAUUAUAUGUAUUAGGUGACGUCGAAAAGGAAGCAUAAAAAAGAACCCGUUUCAUAUCUUCCUUUUUUUUUUUUUGUUUAAGGUAGUUUUAGAUGUUGGAAGUGCUCACUUCUUGCAAAGCACAUUGCAUAACUAGGUCACAAAUUGAAAGUAUUUUGAUUUUUUUAGUGCAUUGGUUUUUUAAGCUAGUAGUCGUUCGCUUGCAAAUAAGAAUUAAAAAUCUGGUUGAAAUAGAGUAAUCUAGGAUAACAGAAAAUAUAGAAACAUUUUUUUUUCACAUUGCAUUGCUUGGUUACAUAUUCAAAGGAUUUGUUAUUUUAAUUGCGAUGAUUUUUAAGACAGUGCCCAUUUGCUUGCAAAAUGAACUCAAAACGUAGUUAAAUUCCACGUAAGAUCACGUGUGAUGAGGUGCAUGCUCCAAAAAGUUGCAUGUACUGUUAUCAUCUUUUUACAUUAAGAACAUGAUAUUUGAAUACAAACUAUGUGCAUGAGGCAAUUUUUUUCAUUCAUUUGUUUUGUAAUCAUUCUAAUGUACAAGUAGCGAACAUUCUGCAUAUUGGUUUCAUAUAAUCUGUCUUGUGCCAAAAGCGGUUUAUCAAAUUUGUAAUAUCACUGAAAAACAUCAGAAGGAGGAGAAAGAUGAAGCAUAAUUCAGAAAAUGAUAUUUAAAUGCAAACAAUGUGCAUGAGACAAUUUUUUUCAUUCAUUUGUAUGAAUAUGUUUCAACGUCAUUGCCUUUAUGGUUAUUUAAAAAUAAUCCACAUGUUAGAUAUAUUUUAAAUGCCCACGAAGAAU